GCUCUCAUGGCUUUGCACUGCACACUGCUUCCUACUGUCAGCCACCACAGCACAGGAACAGUCGACCACAUCCAACUGGAACCAUGCAGUCUGCCGAGGCCAAAUUCAACAGAAACAGCCUGCUCUUGGCUCUGAGACAAUACAGCUCAGUUGUGAGGGACAUGGAGCAGACCAUUCUGCUGCCGAGCCUGCUGCGAGACGUGCCCUCCGAUCAGGUAUGGGACUGUGACUCAGCAGAGGAGUCCUGCAGUGACCUGUAUGGCAACUACGAGAUGCUCAAGGCCAUUAGAAACACAAUGGAGAGCGGCCUGGUUUACCUGGAUGACCACCAGACCAAGAGCAACACUGCGCCCAACAAGAACAUGGAGCCUCUCUUGGAUACGGAUCCUGAAGCUCUCUUCCGCUUCCACCUGACAGGACUGUUUUCUGUGAUGAGUGACCUCACCAAGAAGACUCAGAGCCUUACUGAGAAAUAUAUGGACAUCAUUGGAGUUGCAAAUUAGAAAACACGCAAGCUAUGUGGACAUCGAGAAGAACAUCAGGUGUUUUUGAAAAUGCUGUAUACGUAACAAAGUCGCCUGAACAUCUCAAGUGUUUGAACAGUUUACAUUCAGUGACCCUAAGCUUCUAACUUAAUUAGUAAGGAAUAAACAUGCAUUUCCCAAACUGA